AUGGAAUUGAAUUUUAUGCGAGUGGAUUUUGCACAAGUUGGUACGACAAAUAGAACGUGCAUGCGAGUAAUCCCAUCCGAGAAACUUGACAGAUCAAAGAAAAAGCGGCCAUUGGAGAGGGUCGUCGUGGGAAGUCAGAAUGGCUGCGUGAUUUGCCUUUGUCGGAAAAACAACGACACACAAAUCAUCUACAAAACAUUACCAGGACCUCCAAUUGAAGCCUUAUGUCUUGGCGGAGCCCUUGGCACACUUCAGGACAAAGUAUUCGUAGCCUCAGGUAGCAAUGUACGAGGUAUCGGGAAGAAAGGGAAACAGUUCUUCUCCUUUGAUACCAGCAUGGCGGAAACGGCAAAGAGAAUGUUCAUUCACGGUGUCGAUCUACUAUUGACCGGUCAGAAAAGUGUCAAUCAUUAUCACGACUGCGCUGAUGCCAAUUAUGUUCUGUGCCCCGGAGAUAUACUGGACGUCGUUUGCCUUAUAUCUUCUACUGGUGCAUGGAGUGGACGACCGUUUACCACACUUGUAGCGUGCGCGGAUGCCACUAUUAGGGUUAUUGAAGGAUCCAACAUAGCCUACGAGGUGCAACUGAGUUCAGUGCCACUGACUCUCUACUUAUUCAUGGGCGAUGGAGGUCACACAAAGCAGUUGGUGUUAUACGGUACUCGGGAUGGGAGACUUGGACUCCUAGAUGUAAAACCUAAAGAAGGUGAAAUCAAAUGGGAAAUCAACACUACUUCCGAAGGAGGAAUCACUACAAUCAAGUGCUAUCCUUUCACGGAAUCUGAUUACCCUGAUAUUUUGAUUGGAAAAGAUGACGGUGUUUUGGAGAUUUACACAGUUGACAAUGAAGAUUGUGUUACACUGAACGGGUCAUAUCACUGCGAAGAGUCGAUCACGGGGCUCGACUGUGGACGUGUCGGUUCUGAAGAAGAGAAUGAAAUCAUCAUCUGCACCUAUACAGGAUGGCUUUUUUCCUUGACACCGACCAAAUCUGGAGCUGUUCCACAGGUAACGAAAGCAGCAAAUGUAAACGUAAAGGUUCAGCAGCUAAAAAACGAAAUCGAAGAAUUGGAAACGAAAUUGAAUGAAGAACGUCUUCGUUAUGGUGAAAUGACGAAGAAAGGCGGAUCACAAUCGGCAUAUAUUCCGACUUUCCAGAUCCAUGACUCCUUUGAAUUCUCCCCUCAACAUGACGCUUAUUCGCUUACCAUCGAACUAGUCAUACCCAUCGAUUUUAUAAUUGUUCAGAGUAAAAUGCCUGCUCGUUUGGUUGAGGUGGAACGGAACGCAUCAGUUGUUUGUCAACAACCUCAAAGUGAAUAUAAUCCAUGGUCACUGCUAGCUUCAUAUAGAUGCCAAGCGAAUGUCAGUCGAAUCGAGUUACGUGUGAAGGUUGACGAAGGCACACAUGGCUCCGUUGUAGUUUAUAUUUGCCCGAAAACACAUCCGAAGACCGUUCAGAUUCGAUCUUACGAAGUUAAGCCUCUUUCUUCUCACAAUCGAGUACACUCCUUUGAUCUUAGCCGGCCACUAAACACUUUGUCGUUUUCUGGAAACUUUUCGCUUGCCGAAGCUCACGCAUGGCUGUCGAUGAUUGUACCCGGCGUUCCCACAAAACCUCCACCUUCAGAUACCGUCACCGUCAAUUACCAAUCCACUUCUAAUGCUCCAACACAGCUUCAAGCAAUUUACUCAAAAGGUUCCAUUACGUUCCGAUCCGAUUCAAUUUCUACGAUAGCCAUCAUUCGUGACAUUAUCAGUGAAGACACCACAAAUCGUCAAAUCAAAGUUCAGAUCUCAUGCGAUGUCAAUGACGCCAGUGUGGAUCAUUGCCUAAAGCUGAUGCAUCCACGUAUGACACAUCUGUUGAAUCUGGAAAGGCGAAAGCUCAUGGCUGCGGCUUUGAAGGAAUUGGAAGCGAACAGUGGUGAUGUAUCUUUCUUGUCAGAGCAAAACAAGAAGAUUCUUCAGGACCAUGACAAAAUUUUCCAGGACGCUGAAAAGGAUUCCAUUGAGGACAGCAGUAUCUGCGGAUUAUACGAAGCUCUCUUGCUGAACAGGGCUCGGCUACAUGGCCAAAAUGCUCGGGGAAAGAUAGAGGCUCUCCGGGAACUCCUUCUGAAUGAUUACUCAUUAGAAAAGGUGAUUGCAUUCUUCAAAGCAGCAAAUGACGAGUCAUCGUUACGAUAUUAG